AAUGAGGGACCAUUGCCGGUGCAAAGCAGUGAACGUAAUUCAGUACUACAUACACAGCUUCAAUAAACGGAAAGAAUGCAACGACUCUGUCACUAGGUUCUGUCUAUCAGCCGCAAAGACCACCAGGGUAUUCCUGAAGUCCCACCCUGAAAUAUGCGUCCUCUCCGCCGACAAAGGAAAUAGGACAGUCAUCAUGUACACGACCGAAUAUGAAACCAAAAUGAGCAGCCUAGUUGAAGACGCCGAAACCUAUAGCAGAAUAACGCGAGACCCCACCAACAGCAUUCAAGCGAAAAACAACACCUUCGUCACCCGUUUAAAAAAUCUGAAGCUGAUCGACCACAAACAAGCACGACAGCUAAAGAUUUACAACGCUACAUGUCCAAGGAUCUACGGCCAACCCAAGGCGCAUAAGGACAGCCUGCCUCUCCGGCCCGUGAUCCCCAAUACAACUGCACCCACGUAUCAACUGUCUAAAUACUUGGCGGACAUACUCCAAUCCUCGCUCAGGAGCAAAUAUAGCACACCGAGCUCCUUCGAGUUUAGUCAGGAAAUCAGGUCGAUGAAAAUCCCUGAUGGUCAUAUCAUGAUAUCCCUGGAUGUCGUGUCAUUAUUCACCAACGUACCGAGAGGCCUGGUAUGUAAAGUGAUAAUAGAUAGGUGGGGCGAAAUAGACACCAACAUCAAUCUCGAUUUAUUCCUUGAGAUUGUGGAAUUCUGUAUGGCGUCCAGCUAUUUCUGUUACAAAGACAAAUUCUACGUACAAACGUUCGGAACAGCGAUGGGCAGUCCGCUAUCACCGAUCCUUGCAGAUAUGGUCCUUGACACGAUCAUAGACCAGGCACUAGGCAAGCUCAGUUUCAUCAUACCGUUCCUCAAAAAAUAUGUCGAUGACAUGUUUCUGGUCAUCCCACACAACAAGAUACAGGAAGUCUUAGCUGCUUUCAACAGCUGUGAAAGCAGACUACAGUUCACCGUUGAAGUAGAAGACAACCAAAAGUUGGCCUUCUUAGACAUAGCAGUGACAAGAAACGACGACCAGACACUAGAAACUAUGUGGUACUCCAAGCCAAUAGCAUCUGGGAGGAUGCUCAACUUCCGAUCAUUCCAUCAAAUGAAGCAUAAGAUCAACGUUGCGUACAAUUUCAUUCAUCGAGUGUACGCUCUCACCAGCACAGGAGACUUGGCAACAUUAGCAUCCACAAUACAUAACCAUCUGCAGCUCAACAACUAUCCACGCUCGUUCAUAAACCGUCUCAUCAAUAACUACCAUCACAAGAAGGCACAGGAACACAUCAACCCACCAAGCAGCGUUAACACAGACUCCAAUGCACAGGCAGCCAAUCUCCCAAUAGCAAUCUCCUCCCACAAUCAACCUCCAAGCAUCGACCAAACGCACAGCAACAGCGAUACAUCCAUAACAAGGCACUGCACAGAAUCAGGAUUCCCCGACGAGACGGAGUCUAAUAGCCAUGACAACGCACAAACCAAUGACAGCGAAACGUCCAAGACCUACAUGUCCAUUCCAUACGUUCCCAGACUGACCGACAACAUCAUCAAAGUCCUCAAACCACAGCUUCCAAACGUCCUGAUCACCAGUAAGCAACUACGCACUAUCUUCGAAUUCCACACCAACAUGAAGGAUCCUGUAAGCAAAAAUGAAAAGUCAAACAUAAUAUACAAAAUUCCAUGUUCAGAGUGCCAAUCAUGCUAUAUUGGCAUGACUCAGAACAAAUUAAAAACUAGGCUGUCUGGUCAUCGAUCAGAUGUAAACAAGCUAGAUAGACUGCAAGAGCUAUGUAACACUAACACUACAAGCAACAUCGACACUCUCAGAGAAAAAACAGCAUUGAUAAGUCAUUGUAUAGACCACAAUCAUAGGUUCAACUUUGAUAACACACAAAUAUUAGAAGAAUGUAGAUCAUAUUCAGGUCUGAGCUUUAUAGAGAUGUGUCAUAUUGUAAACACUUCACAUGCAGUCAAUAAGCGGUCAGACGUAGAAGGUUUGCACAAUACAUAUGCAUCAAUCCUACACACUAUUAAAAACAAAAUCCACACCACCCCUUCCCAAUAACGAUUUUGCCAAUUUGAAAUAUUUCAUCUUUAUAUCAGUAACGCCAUUGUCCAUGAUAAGAGCUUAACAAUCAAUAGUGCCCGAAAACAGAGUGAGCAAAACUAAAAGUGACUAAACUAUAAAAUUAAAUUUUAAUUGACCAGUUGACCAACCAUAUGACAUGUACCGACCAAAACCUUAUACUGACCGUAACAGAACAACCAUACCCUAAGACAAAGAACAACAUCAAUUUUUUCCCUGAAGAAGACGCCGAACCCGGUGUCGAAACGUCGGACAAAAUUAAAUAGUUUGUUCCACUAAAACAAGACUGCAAAGCCGAAACUAUCUCUGAUCUCCAAUCACAGUCGAACCAACAUAACACCAAAUACAUGCUGAUAGGCAGAAAUGAACAUGGCAGAAUUUGUCUAGGAAGUAACGUCACGAUAGACCAGGAUACCUUUGGAGUGGUGGAGGUAUUCGUCUGCCUUGAUUCCUUGCUAACGGCUGACUACAAUGCUGUUUAUAGCUGCCGGCCCUUAUCGCAUUAAUGCAGGGCUCUGGUGUGGUGGACCUUCUUAUCCGUGCUACUCGUG